CAGCAUGGAACCGGUAGCCUGCAGGUAGCUGCUUCGUCUCCAAGCAUCCCAAAGCCAAGUUUUCUCUGCAACGAGCAAGAUGGAACGGUCUAGCUCCGAGAAGAGAGCUCCGAGGAAGCCGAACCCGCCGCCGAAGCGGACCAGGCAGGCCGGACCGGCGGCGCCUGCCAACAGCCCGUCGUUGACCGGCUCGCCACGCCCGCCAGGUGGCCCGCCGCCGCCUGGGCCUCCUCCGCGACUGCCGGGAGGCCCUGCCCCGCCACGCCCGCCAGGUGGUCCACCGCCGCCUGGGCCUCCCCCACGGCUGCCCGGAGGCCCUGCCCCGCCGCCGCCAUCUCUAAGAGGUCCUCGCAAGGUCCCUGCGCCAGUGGGCGGCGGUGGCGACAGGAUGCGCCGCGCACCUGAGAUCGUGGAGUUCUACCAGACCCUGACGAGGCGCGGCGAGGCCAGGCAGGCGGGCUCCCGUGGGCCCAAGGCGGCGUCCGGCGGGUCAACGGCUCCGAAGAGCGACCUGAUCGGAGAGAUCACCAAGAACUCCCCCCAUCUCCUCGCCGUCCAAUCCGACGUGGAGACCCAAGGGGACUUCGUGCGAAGCUUGGUCGCCGAAGUCCGGGAUGCGACCUUCGCGACCAUCGAAGACGUCGUUGCGUUCGUGGCGUGGCUCGACGAAGAGCUCUCCUUCCUGGUGGAUGAACAAGCUGUUCUAAAGCACUUCGACUGGCCAGAGAGAAGAGCAGACGCAUUGCGAGACGCCGCGGCUAAGCACGAGUGGCUGGUACAACUGGACAAGCAGAUAUCAUCCUUCUUUGACGACCGCGCGCUCCAUCGCGAUGCGGCGCUCGGCAAGAUGUACUCCCUCUUCGAGAAAACAGAGAAGAGCGUGUUCAAGUUCGUGGUUGAUCGCGAUACCACCGACAAAAAAACCAAUCUUAUAGCGCGCUACAAAGAGCAAAAUAUCCCUGUUGGCUGGAUGUCGGACACAGGUUUAAUUGCCAAGGUGAAACUAGCGUGCGUGAACCUAGCAAGGCAGUACAUGAUGCGGGUGAUCUUGGAGAUUGACGGUUUAUCAGGCACCAACAAGAAUGGGACCAAGGAAACCGCACUUUUCAAAAGCCUGAAAGAGCAAAACAGACAAGUGUUGCUCCAUCAGGGUGUCAGGUUCGCGUUCCGGGUUCAUCAGUUUUCAGGCGGAUUCACUGCUCAGAGCUUGGCUGCUUUCGAUGAGCUAAAACGACGACAUAACGAGGAACAGACUAACAACAUGUAAAUUUAUCAUAGAUUUAGUUUCCAACUUUCCCAUAUGAGGGACCAUAUGAUUGAUAACAUGUAUAUUCCACCCAAAAAAAGAAGGUUAAUACCAUGUAAAUUAUAACA